AUGACGUCUUCUGGCGACAAGUUCGAGCGCGGGCCGCUUGAACAGGAAUUUUCCGUUGGUGAGUUUCAAAAAAACGGGCAUGCACCACGCCAAAUAGUUUCCAGCCACUCCGAGCGAGAACAGGGCGCUGGCGGCGGUGGAGCCGGCCAGGCACAGACAGCCGAUGAGCCAGCCGACGAGAGACGAAAACACCACCGCUCUGAUCGGCACUUUCAGCGUCCGGUGCACCACCUUGACGACGCUCGCGAACGGCAGGCCGUCGUCACGUGCAAAGGCCCAGACCUGCCGCGACAGGGCCGUCAGGAUCGACGAGCCCAUGAGCCACUGACAGACGGCCAUGAGCGACAUGAACGCGAUGGCCCAUCUGCGUCCGAGCGAGUCGUAGAUGAUCUGGGCCAUCGGGAAGCCCGUUUCUGUGGCAAGCACGGCGUCGACGUCUGGGCUCAUACAGGCCGUCAGACAGAUGAUGAUGAACCAGCCCACGACGCCGCACACGCCAAUCGAGGACAUGAUGCCGAUGGGCACCCCGUAGGUGGCGUUUCUUGCCUCCUCGGACAUGUGGACGCAGGAAUCGAACGCGCCGAUGGUCCAGACGGCCGUCAUGAGCGAGAGACAGAACUGCCACCCGAUGGGCCAGUCGGAGUGGUUCUGCACGGUGCCGAAGAUGAACUUGCCGUCGUUGAAGCUGGAGUUGAUGGAGGUUCCGAUGGGCAGCGCGAUCAGAAACAGCACGAUGAUGCCCGUGUUGCACACCAUCGACGUGGUCUGCAGCCACGCGAUGUGCUUCGAGCUAAAGCAGGUGCACAACGCCUGUGCAAAUAUGCAUGCAGCAAAAACGCCGUAUGUUUUUCCUGUGGUAAUCUCGAAAUCUCCAUUUUUUGUGAGGUACACCGCAGCCAAGAUUUCCUCUGCGUUUCCGUACCCGAUGCUCACGAGCCCGGAGCAGAGGGCCAGCGAGUUCGACAGGCCAAUGAGGUACGAGAGCGGGACCUUGAUGCCUUUUGGCGCGUAGUGGUACGUCCAGAAGUAGAGCCCGCCGCUGGUUGGAAUGGCCGACGCCAGCUCGCUCAUGGACACGCCCACAAGGAAGAUGAACACCGACGCGAUCAGCCAAGACCACACAAAGCCGCUCGGCCCGGAUGCGAGCCCCGUGCCCGUGACCGACGCGAUCGACGGCAGCAGCCCCAUGAUACUGUACGCGAUGCCAAACACCUGCACCGUGGAAAACGUUCUCUUGAGCUCCUGCUUGUACCCGAUCUCGUGGAGCAGGUCCUCGUCGCCGUGGGCGUGCUUGGCGUCGAUGGUGCGGACGGGCGACAUCAGCGCGGUCGACCGCUGCGACAGCACAGACGUGAUUGCGUGCGACAUAUCUGGGCCAGCUACAUGUCCGGAAUGGUGGCAUAUAUAGCUGGGUAG